GUACGCGGUCGGGGUGAUACCGUCAGCACUUAGUUGGCGAGCCCUACCGAAUUAGCGUUGUACUUUAGAUAACAGGUUAACUGGCAUAAUGAAACAACAGAUUUUGCUCUCACAACAACGUGGGUCGCUCCUAAGGACGCUAAAUGAAUAGGCCUGGUGAGUCUGCUGCAAAUGAUUGGAACAGUGUUGAAGUACGCCAUGGAGCGGAAAGUCCGCCAUGAUGGUCCAUAAAUGGCCAUCACUGGGUCCGGAUCCAGACCAAGGUCUGCCAUUUGGUGAUGGCUGCUCUACGGUAUCACCGGUAGAACAUAGAUGAAUGACAUCACUGCAUACCUGCGUCACUCAGCCAUUUCUCCAGCAAAGACUACUCUGGUGGUCCUUCUGUCGGUUAGCAUCUGAGAUACCGGACUCAAACUGGCGGAAAUGGAUGAGCAAAGUGUUGAGAGCAUCGCUGAGGUGUUCCGCUGCUUCAUCUGCAUGGAGAAGCUGAGAGAUGCUCGCCUAUGCCCGCACUGCUCAAAACUCUGCUGCUUCAGCUGCAUACGACGCUGGCUGACAGAGCAGCGUGCGCAGUGUCCGCAUUGUCGGGCUCCGCUGCAGCUGAGGGAGCUGGUGAACUGUCGCUGGGCUGAGGAGGUCACACAGCAGCUGGACACACUGCAGCUCUGCAGCCUCACCAAGCAAGAGGACAACGACAAAGACAAAUGUGAGAAUCACCAUGAGAAGCUGAGUGUCUUCUGUUGGACCUGUAAAAAAUGCAUCUGCCACCAGUGCGCACUCUGGGGAGGAAUGCAUGGAGGCCACACUUUCAAGCCUCUGGUGGAGAUCUACGAGCAGCACGUCACCAAGGUGAAGGAGGAAGUGGCCAAACUGCGGCGACGCCUCAUGGAGCUCAUCAGCUUGGUGCAGGAAGUGGAGCGAAAUGUGGAGGCUGUCAGGGGCGCGAAGGACGAGAGGGUCCGUGAGAUCCGUAAUGCAGUGGAAAUGAUGAUUGCUCGUCUGGACAACCAGCUCAAGAACAAACUCAUCACACUCAUGGGCCAGAAGACGUCCUUGACCCAGGAGACGGAGCUGCUGGAGUCGCUCCUGCAGGAGGUGGAGCAUCAGCUUCACUCCUGCAGUAAGAGUGAGCUGAUCUCCAAGAGUCCGGAGAUCCUGCUCAUGUUCCAGCAGGUCCACAGGAAGCCCAUGCAGUCUUUCGUCACCACACCGGUCCCACCCGACUUCACCAGCGAGUUGGUUCCCGCCUACGACUCCAGCACUUUUGUCUUGGUCAACUUCAGCACUCUGAGGCAGCGAGCCGACCCUGUGUACAGUCCUCCUCUUCAGAUAUCUGGCCUCUGCUGGCGACUCAAAGUCUACCCGGACGGCAAUGGUGUAGUUCGGGGAAACUACUUGUCUGUUUUCUUGGAACUCUCUGCUGGACUCCCUGAAACGUCAAAGUAUGAGUACCGGGUGGAGAUGGUCCAUCAGGCCUCCAGCGACCCCAGCAAGAACAUCAUCCGUGAGUUUGCCUCUGACUUUGAGGUGGGCGAGUGCUGGGGCUACAACCGCUUCUUCAGGCUGGACCUCCUGGCCAGUGAAGGCUACCUGAAUAUGCAGACGGACACUCUGGUGCUGCGAUACCAGGUGCGAUCCCCCACCUUCUUCCAGAAGUGCAGAGACCAAUACUGGUACAUCAGCCAGCUGGAAUCGGCCCAGAGUGGAUACGUCCAGCAGAUCAAUAAUCUUAAAGAGAGGCUGGCCAUUGAGCUAUUCCGCCAUCGCUCCUCACGCAGCUCCUCCCCUUCCGACCUGAGGCUGGCGCCAGCCUCUGAGAGGGACCCCCGUGCUGCCAAGAGCGACGGCGACAUCCAGACCACGCUGAACAACGCCAAAAAGGGAAGCGAAGACAACGAGCGGGUCCAGCAUCUUGAUGACUCCAACGAGCUGUCUGAUGGUGACCUGGAGGUGGACUGUCUCACAGAGGAGGAGGUGAACCCACUGGACCUCAGCAGCACCUCGGGGAGCUCCACAGCCACCAGCAACACCGAGGAGAACGACAUCGAUGAAGAAACCAUGUCGGGAGAGAACGACGUAGACUUUAUCGGGAACCUCGACACUGAGGAAGGAGAGCUUCCUGAUGACCUGGAUGGAGCCACUGGUGCCACCAGCACGUCUCUGCGCUCGUCUCAUCGCAGCUCCGCCAUUGGCCGCGGUGCCAGCGGAGGGGGUGGCGCCUCCGCCACUGGAGGUGGUGUGAAUGGGUCAGGUAGCCUCCUUGACAUCGACCCGGCCGUCCUGAUCCAGCUGCUGGAUCUCAAGGAGCAUAACAACGUGGAAGCUCUAUGGGGGCUUCAACCUCGUCCGCCCGUCCCCCUCCUCCACAGCCAAGCUGGUUUGUCCUCCAGGAAAGAGCGAGAGCGUCGCCCUCAGGUGGUGCGGCGAUCCGCCCCAGACUCUGCAGUCCUCAUCCGCCUCAAAGCUCAGAUGGCCGAGGUCCGCAGCAAGAUGUCGGACGUCAAGAGCCAGGUGCUGGAGGCUCGUGCGUCCACCGAGCCCCAGCCGGGCCCAUCUGGAAUCUUCAAUGCUGAGGAGGUGCCAUCGCACCACAUCGACCCGGAGACGUCCACCGCUCACAAACACGCUGAGCUGGCCCAGCUGGUGAGAGCGGUCCGAUCCAGGCCCGGCCGCCCAGGCAGGAAAUCCUUGUCGUCCGUCCUGGAAAGCAGUGGUGCUCCAGCUGGGAAACGCUGCAGUCCAGAGGAGAUGGAGAAAGAUGUGAGAGGAGCGGAGGCAGCCACAGAGAUCAGCCCGCAUCCAAAAGAUGCUGCAGACGGAGGGCUGAAGGCAGCAGACGGUGCCCAGGUCAGCUCCUCAACAGAGCAGGUGUACACGCCCAACACCUCCAGCGUCAGGGACCUCUACUCCAUGGUCACGUCCAUCUACAUGGCGGACAGCAAGAACUGCGGUAUUCGGACCCCAGGGUUGGAUUCUGAAUCCGAAAGCUCAGGAAACUCCCAUCAGUCCUUGGAGGGACCCUCGUCCUCCCAGCCGCGGUCCAGCGAUGACGUACACUUUUCCUCAGACCCGCCCCCCUCCAUCCUAGUGGUGGCGACGACCAGCAGCGAGAGUGACACCGAGGAGGAGGAGGAGGAUGACGAAGUAGAGGUGGAGGCUCUGCAAAGCGCCACCUCACGGCGCUAUGACACAGGGGAGUCCUUGUGUGACGACAUGACUGACAGGUGAUCCAAACCCCGCCCCCUCCUAUCAAGACGUUUCAAUAUACAGCUGUAUAUAUAUAUAUAUAUAUAUAUAUAUAUAUAUAUAUAUGGUUUAUAUAUAUAUAUGGUUUAUAUACAAACAUCACUGGAUGCAAAUGUUACUUGAUUGUUGUGUGUUACGUUUGACUGCAUGAUUUUCUGUCACACUUGACAUAGUUUAGCCUCGUUUGGCCUCACGGUGCUUGCUAACUUUUGUGUGUGUGUGUGUAAAUCACACCGCAAGCUCGUCUUUUAAGAGUUAUCUUCUGCAGGGUUUGAUCCAAACGCCAGCAGUGACAUUUUAAAAAGGCUAAACGAGCACUGAAUCACCGUUUAAUAGCCAGCGUCUUGCUGCUUCCGUGCUGUUUACAAAGGUCGAGGUUGAAAAGUUGAUGUUUCGGCAUGUAAAAACAUCACUGUGGAAGAGACGGCGCACACACGCUUUGUUGUCAUGGAGAUGGAAAAUCAACAUUCAGACAAACAAACUUGGCCAUUUUGGACAGAUGGAAACGUCGCUGUUGAAGUUGUCUUCCGCUUCUUCUCUACUGGUUACGUAAACACUGUUGACUUUUUCUUCUUUCUUAGAAAGUGUGCUCAUGAAGAACUUUUCUGCACUUUACAAGCAUCCAUUCCCCUCCUCAAUGAGCCAUACCACUUUGUCAUCAUCUUAUUCUUUAGGAUGCUCGCUUCAUGUUUAAACGUCCCAAUGCUGUCAUGUGCACUGCUUGUUUUGCAACACAAAGGAACAAAGUGGCAGCCAGAAGCUUCAUGUGUGUGUUGAGAAUUGAGCCCAGGGAACAAAGCAAUCCCUUCAUUUACUUUUUUGUUUUCUUUUAAGAGAUGUCAUUUUGUUUUUCAUGUAAUAAACUUCAUACUUGAACAGCCUCCUUGUGCCCAU